CUGUAUGUUUACAUGAUAUGUUUAAAAUCAAGAUUAAAUCAAUGGAAAAAUUCCUCUUUUCAACAUUUAUGUCUUGAUCUUCGAAGUACGUUUGAAUACAACCAACAACAUCUUGUACCUUCUACUCAUAUUCCUUUGGAACAACUUCAUAAAAGAAUGGCUGAAUUACCACCAAAACAUAUUCCGUUUGCUUUGGUGACUACAACAAUAGUACAAAACAAUUCAUUUUUAUCAACUGAAUAUAAAACUGGGGAACAAUGGUUAUUAGACCGAGGUUGGCAACCACGUAUUAUAUUUCGACCCAACAGUGAACUUUGUUUCUGGCCCAAGGCUCGACUAGCAGGUUAUGUGAAUGAAAAGUAUGAACAACAACAAUCAUGGAUUAUGUUUAGUCCUCAUCCAUUACUCAAGGAUUAUAUGGAUUUGAUUGUCACUACGUUACAACAAAACAACAAUAUGGAUGAACGGCGAAAAGUAUUAGAUAUUGGAUGUGGAUCAGGUCGCGAUCUAACUUGGCUAUUACUACAUCAACGCAAAUGGUGUGCGACAGGCGUGGAUUAUCUUUCAGGGGCACGUGAACGAUUUGAAACGAUGACAACUUUGAUCAAAGACAGGGUCCAGUUCAUUAGAGCCAAAGUUCAAAUAGAUGGUACUUGGCAAUACUUGGAUAUUAUGGAGCAACACCAACAUAAUGAAAAGAAGGGUGAUGGUGGAAUGAUGACAUCUUUUGUUUCCAACAACAAGAACGAAAACUUCAACUCAUAUCAUAAAGAUCAGAAAACCAAAAUGAUGACGACAAGGAUAGAAAGCGAACAACAUCAUCAACAACAACAACAAUAUGAUCUAGUGAUGACAUUUCGAUUUUUCAUUCGGCCUGUGUUAUGGACCUUACCAUGCUUUGUAAAACCUGGAGGAAUAUUGAUGAUUUCUCAUUUUGUGGAUAUUGGUGAUUAUCAACAACCUAAGAAGGAAAAACGACUACGAAAAGGUGAAUUGAAUGAUUUUGCUCGAAGGAUGGAUUUGACUAUAUUGGUGGAUAGAUUAGAUACAACAGAAGAUGGAAAUAGAACAAUGCAUUCAAUGAUUUUCCAGAAAAGAAAAUCGUAGGGACUUAGUUAUUUUUGACCACUUUUUAUUAUUUAUAUAUACCUAAUAAAACAAAUGAAGAU